AUGCGUCCCAUCUCUGUCACCACCGUCUUAGUCCUGGCCUUGGCCUCGACCGCAUGGGCUUUACCAACCAUGGAGGAUGCCACUCCCUACAAACGAGGUAUGGAGGAUGCCACUCCCUACAAACGUGGUAUGGAGGAUGCCACUCCCUACAAACGUGGAAUGGAGGAUGCCACUCCCUACAAACGAGGUAUGGAGGAUGCCACUCCCUACAAGGAAAAGCGUGGAAUGGAGGAUGCCACUCCCUACAAGCGUGGUAUGGAGGAUGCCACUCCCUACAAACGUGGUAUGGAGGAUGCCACUCCCUACUAG